AUGUUUAGCACUUUUGUAACUCUAUUUGGCGGUGUCGGUGAGGUGGCCUAUGGUUUUGCACACUUAAAUGAUUUAGUUGAUGCCUUGGAUGCAUUUUGUCCUGCUGUGACGAAAAUUAUAUCCUUCUUUAAGGCAUCCAUUAUUUUCAUGAAUCGUCGACGAUUUAAUGACAUUAUGGAACGUGUACGAACAUUAAUUAUGAAUGAACAACACGAUGCCAAGAAAAUGAAAAUAGUUCAGAGAUUUUCUUCGUUUGGUAACAUUUGUACACUCAUCAUUGUUUCGGGUGGCACAUCGACAAAUAUUUUCUAUAAUUUGCGAGCGAUCAUCACGGAUUUGAUUUAUCAUUUUCAGGCGGGAAAUCGUACAUUGGAGUUGCCAUUUAAGGCAUUGCUACCAGAAGCUGCUGCCACAUUUCCAUAUUUUCCUUUUACGUUUCUCAUCCUAACCUUUUCCGGUCUGAUGACAGUAUUUUCAUUCAGCAUCGUUGAUGGUUAUUAUGUUUGUACAACCGUGUUUAUUUGUUCGAUAUUUAAAAUAAUACAACGUGAUGUGCACAGUACAUUUGAGGAGUUGAAGGAAUGUGAACAUGCAACCGAAGAACAAAAUCACCGAAUCCGCCAAAAAUUGAAUGCCAUCGUCGAACGUCAUAAUACGAUUAUCGAUUUGAGUGCGGAUUUUACAGCAAGUUUUACCGUUAUCAUAAUGUUACAUUUUAUGUCGGCAGCCAUCGUUGUGUGUUCGAGUAUUUUGGAUUUAAUGUUGAAUACCAAUUCGGUGGGACUGUUUAUCUAUAUAUCGUACAAUAUUGCUGCUUUGGCCCAGUUAUUUGUGUACUGUGUUGGCGGUACUUUUGUCAGUGAUAGUAGCGCCGCUGUGGCCGAUGCAUUAUAUAAUGUGGAGUGGUACAAGUGCGAUGUUAAAACUAGAAAAAUCAUUUUAAUGAUAUUGCACCGAUCUCAGAAGGCAAUAACAAUUUCUGUGCCAUUUUUUACGCCAUCACUGCCGGCCUUCAGUUCGGUUGACUAUGAAGAUAAUAUGGCUGAAGAUGACUAUGACGCAGGCCCUGAAUAG